CCCAGCCAUGGCGGACGAAGGUGAGAUGCUGUUGCUGAACAAACUCGAACAUAUCAAGGAUAUAAGGGCAAAGACGUUGCAGUUAGAGAAAAUAAAGUCAAGACUUAGACAAGAAUAUGAUGGCACAGAAAUGGAGAACCAGCAUCUUCAGGAGUAUAAACAAGAGAUGGAACUCCUGCUCCAGGAGAAGAUGGCACAUGUUGAGGAGCUGAGACAGAUUCAUGCUGAUAUUAGCCUGAUGGAGUCGACAAUAAAACAAGCGGAAGAGGAGAGACACCGUGCAUUGGAGAGUGCCAAACAUCUGUACGAGGAGUACCGGCCCUUAAAGGAUCACGUGGAUAACCUAAGGACAAAUAUCGGGCUGGAGAAGUUACCCAAACUCGAGGAAGAGGAUGACAAACUGACACCUGAAUACUUUGAAAGUCAGAAACCUGAACGCUAUACUGAGCCCCAAGAUUCCAGUAUUCCACAAAGUCUAGCAGCAGCUGCGGCAGCCGCACAACAAAUCCAGGUGCCGCGGAACAAAAAUGAAAGACAAGCAUUUAGGCAGCAACCCCCUCCCAUGAAGGCUUGCCUCUCCUGCCAUCAGCAAAUCCACAGAAAUGCUCCAAUAUGUCCUCUUUGCAAGGCCAAGAGUCGGUCGCGGAAUCCGAAAAAACCCAAGAGGAAGUUGGAUGAAUGAGAGAAUUCUGAAAAGAUGCUGUUGCCAAGUGCAAUAAAUGAACUUUGGGUAGUGCAGUGGACUAAAUUACUACUUUUGGACUUUCCUGAACUGACAUAUGUGACCCACCAUGGCAAAAUGGGUCACAUGUCGCACAGAAGAUGAGCCUAAAAUGACACCAGGACAUAAUAGAAGAAAUUGAUACACUCAGAUUUCACAAAAGGCAGACAAUAGUGAAAUGAACAACCAGUCCGUCUCAACCUGUCAAGCUCGAAGCGACAUGCGCCUCAUUUUGCUGUGGUGGGUCACAUAUAUGUCAAUUUGGUUGAUAUGAAAGGAGCAAAGCCUUUACAGGGUAUUCCAAGAUAUGUGCUGGCCAACUUUGGUGCAUUCACAAUCUAUGUUUUCAUUGGAUAUGAUUGGGGACUGUCUCAGAUGAAGGUCUGUCUUCAUUUCAUUCAAAUCGGUCAAUCUCUUUCGCAGUUAUAUGAAAAUAUACAUGUGCUUUUCUACACAUCCACUGAAAAUUUGUCCAAUUUGGCUUGUCCAUUUCUCAGGACAGACACCCUGUAUACUUGGAUUUUGAUUAGUUGGGCAAACAUUAGCGGACACAAUCAGUGUUCUUGGCAACUCUCAUGUUUUGACAACAUCGUCAUGCCUAUUCAGGCCAUUUCUUUAGGGUACCCCUGUACGAGGCGAAUCUCACUUAAUCGUAUUGUUUAUCCGCCUUAUUCCGUGUGGCAACUUCCUUGCCUUCGGAAGGUAACUUAUUGUGUUUUAUGUUGAAAAGAAUCAUUGUGCAAAAUGAUUUCUGUUGGUGUAUAUUUUCUUUUCUUGUAAAAAUAAACGUCUGAACAGUA